AGAAUCGGUCGUGUGGUCGCCGGAAAUUUGAAUUUCGUUUUUGCCAAGCUUUGGUAAAGGAAUCGAAAAAAUUGUAGAAUAUUUUCUAGUGUUAUAACUUAGAAGUGAAUAAAAGUGGAGUGUUGUAAUACUACUGUUCUUGUUACUUCCCGAAAUAAUACCGGAAAUUGUCGCCGAGCCGGCUAAAGCUCUGAACUGCAGCGCAGUAGUAUAUUUACGGACAGCAGUCAGCAACCGUGUUUGUGAAUAGGAAUCAAAAAUGAUGCACUACAAGAAGGGUAAAAAUGUGGAAGAAGAGUUGUCCAAGGAGCAAAUUCCGAUCGAAGGGCUACCGGAGCAGUUUCUAUGGAUGCACGUGAAAGGUGGUUCACGCAUAUUCAAUCUGGUGGAUUACGCGAAAAAAGCACUGGAAACCGGAGAGUACCGAUCAAUGGUUUGGAGUGGGUCCGGUGGCGGUACCGGCAAGACCAUCAGCUGCGCUGAGAUUAUGAAGAAGGACUUUGAAUUACAUCAGGUUACGCGGAUUUGCUAUAGCAAAGUGGAAGAAUAUUGGGAUCCGCAGCAGGAAGGUCUAGAGCAGAUUGUAGCGACUAGAAAGAUACCAAGCAUCCAUAUUCUGCUCUCUUUGGAUGAAAUAGACCCGAAAACUCCCGGUUACCAGCAUUCGAAAACGCGAACGACCUUCUGGAUGGAAGGAGAUUCCGAAACUAGAAAUGGUGAACAUCGGAAGGGCUCGAAUUACUUUUCCGGACCUCAGUUCAAGAAAAGACCCAACAAGCACUAUUCGGAGGGUAGAAAUACUGGAGACAAUGGGGGUAACGGUGGAGCAAGCAGCGGUAACAGUAACAAUAGGAAUAAAAACAAAAGCAAAUCUAAAGCCCGUACGCCCGGCAACAAUGAGGCACGAAGUAAUCAAAACAGUCAACCCAGCGGCGAAAGUGAUCCUCGCAACUCGAAAAAGGCUAGGAAUAGUGGGAGUAAAUCAAAAGAAAAUGUAUCGGAAAGUAAUGCUUCGUCUAGAAAUGCACCUUCUGGGUCGUCCGAAAUGACGUAACAAACUAUGUGAACCUUAUCUGGCACAAAUAGGUAGGUAGUACUUUGAUUCUAUCUUCCAAUGAAUAUUAUACACUA